UCUGUCUGUGAGUUUCGCAGCGAAGCGAAUCAAAAAAAAAUCAAGUAAAAAGAAAGUGAAUUUGUGUAGAAAAUUUGGAUAGAUAACAGUUUGCUUAAAAUGUAAUAAAAUAAGUAGUUAUAAUUUAAAUUAUAAUAAAAUGGGAACUAACGGUAACGGCCGCCGCGGCGGCACUAAAUUACCCGACGUCCGCCGACCUAUGGAAGAGGGUGACUGUAUCGACAUGGAGAGCCCGGAGCUGGAUUUCGUGUACGACGACUGUGACACUCAAGCUAAUGAAAUAGCUGAAUUGUAUAGUUACACCGAACAUCCGGAAUUCCAGCACAACGUGAAAGCCUUCGAGGAAAUAAUGGACGAAUUCAAUUACCCACCCAGUUGGCAGAGACUGACGAAUACUCAGCAACGCACUGUUGUGAUGAAACUUUUGGAGCAUUUGGAUGUUGCUGUGAGUGAGAUACGUAUGCGGGCGACGAGAUGUAUACUGUACUUGGCGCAGGGUUGCUGGGCGGAGAUGCAGUCGGAUGCGGAGCAAGCUCAUUGGGCUCGAGUUAACAUAAUGACUUUGUACGACAUGGGAACCUUCGCUGCUUUUGUCGAACUGUUAAAUCUGGAAAUAGUGAGAAGUAGUGCUGCAGUUGCGUCUAGGAAACUCGCUGAAUCACUUGCAGACUCUACUAACCUGAGAGUGAUUCUUUCUGUGUUGUAUCUUAUAACUGAACAUAUGAGAACUGAAAAAGAAAAUGUAGAUACUGAGUAUGCACAUCUCGUGAAAACUUUCAAGGAGGAAAUAGGAUCGCCCUUUGGGGAGGAGAUGUUACCUGUUAAAUUACUUGGUAUGGUAACCCAGCUGUGCGCUGGUACUACACCACAUUUUCCUAUGAAAAAAGUCUUAUUGCUCUUAUGGAAAAUUUUACUUGUGUAUCUUGGGGGUACAAAAGAGUUGAAAAAACGGAAAGCCAGGCUUCGCGAGAAAUAUGGUUUGCCUCCUGUGACUGAAGAUACCCUUGAAAUAAUAAAAAGUAUGCGUUCAAGUUCUCCACCUCCCAGUGCUGCUGAUAUGCUGGAGAACCAGAACCCGGGACAGAGAAAAUUGAAAGAGAAUGAAAGAGCACUCCGUAGACAGACCUUUAUGAAACAAACAUCUCUCGAUGAAUCAGACGAGCAAAUUUUUGUUGACAAAGAGGAAACUGGCAACGGAUCUGAAGAUUAUUCAAUGGAAUUCCAAUCGAUGUCUUCGGAUAAUAUUCAAAAUGCUAACACAAACCCCAAUUGCCCAUACUACAUGUAUAUUAAACGUUUUGAUAGUCCACCUCCACCGCCACCACUUCCUCGAAGCCUACCGUGGCGAUCAAAAGUUCGUCAGAAGGAUAUUGACAUGUUUUUAGACAAUGUCAGAAUAAAAUUUGUUGGAUACUCCCUUCCUGGUGAUAGACAGACCAUCGCUGGAUUACCCCAACCUAUACAUGAGGGUAUAGAGAUAUUGAAGAAACACAUGUACACAAGUCUUGCUGAAGUCCAAGCAGAAAGGGAGUUUGAAAUUGCUAGAAGUCCUUUAACUAGAGGGGAAAAAGAUGUAGAAGAAACUGAGGCAGAAAUUCUAUACAAAGCAAUGUUGCCUAAUUUACCACAAUACAUGAUCGCUCUACUAAAGAUCCUUUUAGCUGCCACUCCAACCUCAACUGCAAAGACUUAUUCAAUGAAUAUUAUGGCUGAUGUGCUGCCAGAAGAAAUGCCAAUGACUGUGCUCCAAUCAUUAAAACUCGGUAUAGAUGUCAACAGACAUAAAGAGAUUAUCGUCAAGGCAGUCACAGCUAUCCUUUUAUUACUGUUAAAACAUUUUAAAUUAAAUCAUGUUUACCAGUUCGAGUUCAUGUCUCAGCAUCUUGUAUUUGCCAAUUGCAUGCCUUUAGUACUUAAGUUUUUUAAUCAGAAUAUUUUAUCUUAUAUUGGAGCGAAAAAUUCUAUACCCAUUUUUGAUUUCCCUGCUUGUGUUAUAGGUGAACAGCCAGAACUUACCAAAGAAUGUUUGGACAUUGGGGACUCGUCAGUUCCAUAUUCUUGGAGAAAUGUUUUCUCUUGCAUAAAUCUUUUGCGUAUUUUGAAUAAAUUGACUAAGUGGAAGAAUGCUAGAAUCAUGAUGCUUGUUGUGUUUAAAAGUGCACCAAUUUUGAAACGCACACUCAAAGUGAGGCAUGCCUUGAUGCAGUUCUAUGUAUUGAAAUUGUUAAAGAUGCAAACUAAAUAUUUGGGGAGGCAAUGGAGGAAAACUAAUAUGAAAACAAUCAGUGCUAUAUAUUCUAAGGUCCGUCACAGAUUGAAUGAUGAUUGGGCAUUUGGGAAUGAAGUUGAUGCUCGACCUUGGGAUUUUCAAGAUGAGGAAUGUGCUUUGAGAGUUAGCGUUGAUCGUUUUAAUCAAAGAAGGUACAGUUCUGUCGUGGAUUUAGAUGGUGAUCUGACACCGGUUGAUACAGAUAUAAAUAGUGUACUGGACACAAUCAUAGAUCUCGAUGAAGAAUUUAAAUUAAACUAUGAAUUAUGGCUGGAACAAGAGGUAUAUAAUAAUGAAAUCAAUUGGGAUGUUCUACUCUCAACAUAAAAUAUAUAUGUAUAUGCAUGAUUUAGUAAAAUUUGGUGUGCACAAAGAGGAAUAAAACUGGGUACCUCGCAGACUAAAAUUAUUUUAUUAUGAGUAGGAUGAUGUCAAAAAGCAAACACAUCCAUCACAAUGUGGUAUUUAAAGAAAUAAUCUUAACAUAGAAAGUAUUGCAAAUGGAUGUUUGUUGUAUAUUUGCAUUAUUGACUUAACUCUCGUAGUGAGUAGUUACAUCUGAGAUUCUUGAAUAAAUGGUUUGCCAUAUCUGGCAAAAUAUAAGUCUGUGGCUUAGAUGACUUUCUCUUCUAUUUAAUUUGCUUGUAUAAUCAACUGAACUAGUAUUUAAGAGCUGUAUACCUAAUGGCUUGUAUAUUACAACUUUUAUACAACAUGAUAACAGAAUGACAUUGGUAAAUCUGAAAAUGCCCAUGCACGCCACUUGUAAUGGAUCUAGUAUUAAACAUCUUAUAAAUAAUUUACAUUUAAUUGAGUGUAAACAAGUUUUUUUAUAAAUUUUUUUUUCAUAUAUUUGUCUUAAUGUAUCUAAUGGUCGUAUUAUAAUGUAUAGAAGUCUUUUUUUAUAAAUAAAACAUUUUAUCCAAGACAAUUUUAAUGUUACUUAAAUAUUAUUGUUUUAACACCAUGUUUUAAGCAGUAUUAUUUAACGACAACUUUUUACGGUUUCAAAAUUAUUUAAAAAAAUAUAUAAUGUACUGAAUAUUUAUUUGUUUUAAUAUUUCAGUAGUAGUUAGUAUUGUAGGCAUGUUGAACAAAUUAAAUUAAAACUUAUAACAAUUAUGAGGUUAUUGAAAAUUAAUUAUUUCCAUGUUGACUGUUCCCUCUGUUGUCUUGGUUUCGAAGACUCAGUGUGAUUAUUUACUAGGGUGGACCUGGCCCUUACAUCAAGUCUAUUAUUAUUAGUAUCAUAGUAGAAUAGGGAUGAUGACAGUUUUUAAAUUGUAUAAAUUAAGAGUAUGCUAAUAGUAAAGCAAUUUUGUAAAAGUAACAGGGUAUCUGCGAUCAUUACUUUCUGAGAUACAUUUUUUAGUUUUCGAAGCGUUAGCGAUCGUAGAAAGAGAAUCGACGUGCGAUUUGGCUAGGGGGGCAGAUUUCCAGGGUACAGACCUGCAACAGAUCAACUAUAAAGCAUAUUAUUGUUUUUUAAAUAUCGGGCUAUAGCACGUUCUCGUUCUACUACAAUUUGUUUUAUGUAGGAUGGUGCGGGUGACAGUUUCACUCUUGUAAGUUUGGCGCGAUUCACGAUAUUAAUACGUAUAUGAACGUUAUACAGGCGACUGUCACCGUACCCAUGCUACCUGAAAAACCCUUUACUAUAUUAUUUCUAUACCUAUCUGGAAAAUGAAGUUUGUGAUACAAUCGCAUUGCACGUGUAGUAUAAUAGGCCUUAUGUGUAUUGAAGCAAUAAUGAAUUAAAUAUCGAAUAUGUAUGUUAGUUUUUACUUUUUUUUAAUUAUAAACAUACAUGUAAUAUGUUUUUAAAUGUUUAAAUUAUAUGCAAAAAAACAUAACAAAAAUAUUAUGGUGAUAAAAAUAAAACAGAUAAUACAUACUUACUUGAAAUUCAAAAUUAUGCAAUAUUCUUAAGCGUACCUAGCUUAAGUACUUUAUGUUCUGAGAUGUGUAGAGGCCGAUACAAACUUUAUGACGUCUACGUGCAGACAGUACCUAAUUAAAGUACGAACGCCGCGCGCGGGAUGAAGCUCUGCCGCUGCAUUACCGCUGGUACCUAAAAUUUUGCAUUGCGAUGUUCCGAAACGUCAUAAAGAUUGCAUCGUACUGAACCUAAAUCAAUUUUGUUAACGAUAUACCUUUAAAUUUUUAAAUUUUCUUGUUAUUUACCUUUAUUUUAAGAACAUGACAAGUAUAAAAAACUACUUAGAGAGAUUAAUGAUUUAGAACUAAGGUAGGAAUGCAUGAUCAAUAAAUUGUAGAUGACUUUUUUAACAUAAAUUACUUAUAAUUUUUUUUAAACAGUGUAGGUACCUACCAUAUUCUGAAGUUUAUACAAAUAUAUUUAAGUAUUAUUCUACGUAACCAAACUGGUGAAAAUUAAAUAAAAAGAGUUUAUAAAAUUGAAA